GUCACUUUAAGGCAAAAAAGUGAAGAGGUUAAGACAAAGAUUCAUAGACAUCUAACGAUGAAAAACUGUAUCAACCUCAAAAUAUGGUUUCUUAACUUGAUUAUUAUGUUGUUUGUUAUGCUUUCUACCACACAUGGGAGACCAAAUCAGAAGUUUAGAUUGAAAGCAGUUAACCUUGGUGGUUGGUUGGUUACUGAAGGUUGGAUCAAACCUUCUCUCUUUGAUGCCAUUCCAAGUAAAGACUUCUUGGAUGGAACGGGUCUUCAGUUCAAAUCUGUAACAACGAAGAAAUAUUUGUGUGCUGAGUCUGGAGGAGGAACUAUCCUUGUUGCAAACCGCUCAAGUGCUUCUGGUUGGGAAACAUUUAAAUUGUGGAGAAUAAACAAAGAAACUUUCAGAUUUAGGGUGUUUAACAAACAAUUUGUGGGGUUGGAUGGAUAUAACGUUGUUGCUGUUUCUAAUUCUUCCAUUGAUUCUGAAACUUUCCAUAUUGUUAAGGAAAAUGAUAAUUCCACCCGUGUUCGAAUCAAAGCUUCAAAUGGAUACUUCUUACAGGUAAAGACGGAAGAGGUAGUGACUGCUGAUGUAUCAUUGGUCAACGAAUGGAGAAAUGAUGACCCAACAAUUUUUGUAAUGACAAUUUCUGAUAGGAUGCAAGGUGAAUUCCAAAUAACAAAUGGUUAUGGGCUCAAGAAAGCUCCACAAAUAAUGAAGGAACAUUGGAGCACUUUUAUAGUUGAAGAUGAUUUCAAAUUCAUAGCUAGGAAUGGAUUAAAUGCAGUUAGAAUUCCAGUGGGUUGGUGGAUAGCAAGUGAUCCAACUCCACCAUGGCCUUAUGUGGGAGGUUCAUUGCACGCACUAGACAAUGCAUUUUUGUGGGCUGAAAAAUAUGGAUUGAAAGUGAUGAUUGAUCUUCAUGCAGCACCUGAUUCUCAAAAUGGCUAUGAGCAUAGCUCUUCAAGAGAUGGAGCACAAGAAUGGGGCAAAACAGAUGAAAGUAUCAAACAAACUGUUCAAGUCAUUGACUUCUUAACUGCAAGGUAUGCAAAAAGUCCAAGUCUUUAUGCAGUUGAACUUCUAAACGAGCCUAGGUCACCUGAUGCAACACUAGAAAGUUUGAACAAAUACUACAAGGAUGGUUAUGAAGCAGUGAGAAAGCACUCUUCUACUGUAUUUGUGGUGUUCUCAAAUAGAUUAGGAUCCUCCAUGCCUAGAGAAUUCUUCCCUCUUGCUAAUGGCCUUAUGGGAUCAGUGAUUGAUGUCCACUACUACAGCAUCUUUGGAGAUGAGUUUACAAACAUGAGUGUUCAACAAAAUAUUGAUUAUAUUUACAAUAAUCGAUCAUCGGAUUUGAAUUUUGUUACAACCUCAAAUGGUCCUCUUAUUUUUGUCGGUGAAUGGGUUGCUGAGUGGCAAGUUAAAGGAGCUAUAAAAAAUGACUACAAAAGAUUUGGUAAGGCUCAAUUAGAUGUUUAUGGGAGAGCAACAUUUGGGUAUGCUUAUUGGGCAUUCAAAAACGUGAACAAACACUGGAGUCUAGAAUGGAUGAUGAAGAAUGGUUAUAUCAAGUUCUAAUUACUCCAAAAUUAUGAUUAUAUAUAUGAUCAUCAUGUAAGGCUUUAUAUCCUUUAUUUAAGUACUUCACUCUAUGUUCUCCUGAGCUUAGCUCAAUUGGUAUGAAUAAAUAAUAUAUGUAAGGUCCGGAGUUCAAACCCCGGCCACCACAAAAAAAAAGUACUUCAUUCUGUUUCAUAACUCGGUAUAGACAAUGAAUUGUGUUCCAUACUA